GCGAGCAGCCAUGUCUUCGUUUACCCCAGAGCCCACGGACGACGUCUGCAUUGCGACCAUCCGCACCCUCGCUGCCGAUGUUGUUGGCAAGGCCAACUCUGGCCAUCCUGGUGCCCCCAUGGGCAUGGCCCCGGUAGCCCAUGUCCUGUUCUCAAGGUUUCUCAACGCCAACCCGAAGAACUCCAAAUGGUUCAACCGCGAUCGAUUCGUGCUUUCCAAUGGUCAUGCUUGUGCUCUGCAGUACAUCCUCCUCCAUCUACUCGGCUACAAACUCUCCAUGGACGACCUCAAACAGUUCCGUCAGCUUGAUUCGCUCACUCCCGGUCACCCUGAGGCAGGACACACCGAUGGUAUCGAGGUAACUACUGGUCCUCUGGGUCAGGGUUUUGCCAACGCUGUCGGUCUGGCCAUUGCCCAAACGCACCUCGGAGCUGUCUACAACAAAGAUGGCUACGAUCUCAUCAACAACUACACUUACAUGUUCACCGGCGAUGGUUGCUUGAUGGAGGGUGUUGCUAGCGAAGCUGCUAGUCUUGCGGGUCAUCUGCAGCUCGGAAACCUCAUCGCUAUCUACGAUGACAACCACAUCUCCAUCGACGGUGACACUGCUGUUGCGUUCACUGAGAACGUUGAGCAGCGCUUCCUCGCGUACGGCUGGCAGGUCCUCCAUGUCGACAACGGCGAUAAUGACCUCGCCGGCAUUUAUAACGCCAUUGCUGAAGCCCGCAAGGAGAAGAGCAAGCCUACCAUCAUUCGUCUCCGCACCACGAUCGGUUACGGCUCCAAGCAGCAGGGCACUCACGGCGUCCACGGCUCACCGCUCAAGGCCGACGAUAUAAUCCAGCUCAAGGCCAAGUUCAACUUCCCGACCGACCAGGCCUUCCACGUCCCGAAGGAGACCUACGACACCUACGCCGCCGUCGCCGCGCGCGGCGCCAAGCUCGAGUCCGAAUGGAACAAGCUCCUCUCCGCCUACUCCGAGAAGUUCCCGAAGGAGUAUGCCGAGCUCACCCGCCGCAUCGCUGGCAAGCUCCCCGACGGUUGGCAGAAGAGCCUGCCCGUGUACAAGCCCUCCGACGCGGCGCAGGCGAGCCGGAAGCUCAGCGAGAUCGUCCUCACUGCGAUCACGCCCGUGCUACCCGAGAUGGUCGGCGGCUCGGCCGACUUGACUGGCAGCAACUUGACGCGGACGAAGGCGAUGGUCGACUUCCAGCCACCGAGCACCGGCCUUGGAAACUACGCUGGCACGUAUAUUCGCUAUGGUGUGCGUGAGCAUGGUAUGGGCGCCAUCGGCAACGGUCUCGCCGCGUACGGUGGUAUCAUCCCCUUCGUCGCGACUUUCAUGAACUUCGUGUCGUACGCCGCCGGUGCCGUCAGGCUUUCUGCAUUGAGCCAUCACCAGGUGAUCUGGGUUGCAACCCACGAUUCCAUCGGUCUCGGUGAGGACGGCCCAACCCAUCAGCCCGUUGAGACAGCGGUGCACCUGCGCGCGAUCCCCAACCUCGCCUUCUGGCGCCCGGCCGACGGCAACGAGACCUCGGCCGCGUACCUCGUCGCCCUCGAAUCCUCGCGCACGCCGUCCGUGCUCUCCCUCUCCCGCCAGAACCUGCCGAACCUCGAGGGGUCGACGAUCGAGCGCGCGAGCAAGGGCGGCUACGUGCUGUACGAGGUCGACAACGAGGACCUCACAAUUGUCUCGACCGGGAGCGAAGUGAGCAUCGCGCUCGCCGCGGCGGGCAAGCUCAAGGAGCAGGGCAUCAAGACGCGCGUCGUCAGCUUGCCGUGCUGGCUCGUGUUCGACCAGCAGCCGGAGGAGUACCGGCUUAGCGUGCUCCGCAGCGGCGCUCCCAUCCUCUCGCUGGAGGCGCUCUCGACCGUCGGCUGGGCCAAGUACAGCCACGAGCAGUACGGUCUCACCGGGUGGGGAAUGUCGGCGCCGUACCAGAAGAUUUACGAGCGCGUGGGCAUCACCCCCGACAACAUCGCCGUUGUUGGCAAAAAGGUCGUGGACUUCUACAAGAAGAAGGGCGGUGAGGUCAUCUCUCCGCUCGUGAAGGCCUUUUAGGAGGGGUGCAUUGCGAAUCUUCUCAGGACCUUGGGGUUUAGUGAAGCAUCGAUAGAAAUUGUAACCUAUUCCUCGCUUUGAAUGUGCGCAUGAAACAAUGGUGGAUAGCACUCCCGAGUUCGAAAGUAAAUGGCCGUAAAUUAUAGGAUGACAAGCGCAAAGUAUAAUCGCAGGCCGGUGAUUGGCCCAACAGCGGUAAUUGUCUAAUAUGCCAUGACCGGCGUCUACUUCGUGCGCUUGACCUCCAGAGUGUCCCAGAUCUGCCGCUCGGUCAGCUCCUUCUCCACAUCCGCGACGUGAGGUUUGAGGUAGCGAACAUCCUCGCUGGGCUUCGUCCAUGCCUCCUUCGGAAGAUUCGUGUGCAGGAUGCUUUGUUGCGACGCCCGUUUGAAACGAUACGCGCGGUCGUAAGCUUCGCGAGGAGUCAAGCGGCGGACAGCCCGCUCAACGGGCUCGUUCUCCUCGACCAGAAGGUCAUCGUAUUUCAGGCCAACUUUGCGGUACCCGGCGAGGUCAGCGUACCAAUUGGCGAUGGGCUUAAGCCAGGAGUAGAGGGUGCGCGAGGCGCGCACUUGCGACGCAAAGGAAGGUCCGAGGGCGCCGAACAUCGUUGGAGUCGAUGAA